AUGAAAUUACAAAAGGCUGGUCUAGGCCGUAGACUUAUUUCUUUCCACAAAUAUUCAACUGCAAUUAGUGUGAAAGCAAAAUUAGAAGAGGUGUACCCCCAGCUGGUACCUGGUGGUGGUAUUGAGAUUUUAAGAAAUAGUUAAUUACUUGUAAAUCUAUUUACAGAAUCUCGCGACCUGCGCCAUAUAAACUAUCCCCAGUGUCCCAAACCAUCUCUAGCAUAAAACGGGUCAUAUAUUCACAUUAAAGAUCCAUUUAACAUAUUCACAAUGGCUAAUUAGUAUAGUAAAGUAAACUAGAUGAAAUCACAGUAAAUCUUCAAUGUUAGGGGACUAUAUAAUUAUAUUGUUAUAAUAGCACGAUAUCAAUUUUAAAUAAAUAAAUACUUUUUGGCCAAAGAUUUGUAUCUCCUUACCCCUCCAUCAAAUUCUGGAUAUUCUGUCCAAUUUCUUCGAGAUAGUUCUGGCCUAGGGCAGACAAUUGCAUACAUAAGACCAGUUCAAGCAGAUCUGGAUUCAUCUGCCUUGGAAUUGGAUGUUCAGAGAAGUGAACAUUCAUAAGUUUAAUACAAUACUACUUACAACACACCCUUUCGAUAAAUUAUGUCAUUUUGCCUGGGAGCCUUGCUCUCAUGAAUUGUGAGCCAAUUACCACCAUUAAGCCAUUGAGUAGCAGCACUCUGCACUUGACAAGUAAAAUCGUCUGGCAUUAGACAGAGUAAAAUACUAAAGUAGGGCACAUGAGGGUGCAUUCCCAGUUUCAAAGGGUUAAUUAAUCUCAAAAUUUCUCUUUAACUGACUAAUAAGUAUAUGUUUCAUUGACAUAAUGCACUCUGAUUUAUGUACUGUAUAUAUGUAAUAGUAUUUAUAGUAUUCAGAUGAUAUCACUGACAUAUUUUUAACUCUAACAGAAAAUUUCUUUUUAUCAGGCAUGCAGUUCUGAUAGUACUCAAAUAUCAAAUUUACACCAAUUGUUCCCUGACCUACCUAGUGUUGACAUUGAAAAAGCUUUAAAAGAUUGUGGGGGCAACAUUGAAGCAGCAGCUUCAACAUUGUUAGAUAAUAGUAAGUACUUUGUCUGAGGAUCGGUGGGGGAGGGUGGCCACCUCGUUCUCAUCAAAUGACUAUGAUUAAUAACAGUUCCUCAAAUGAAAAAUAGAUCUGAACUGAUUAACUUAUUUAGCCCAGGGAAAAUUAUCUGAAGAUGAGAUGCCUACCUAUGUUGCUGAUAGUAGCUCUGAUUCUGAGUCAGAGAUUUGGAAUCUUCCUCUGGCAACUGUGAUCCAUUUGCAACCAAAUUCAGAAGGUAUUAAGAAAUAAAUGUGUGCUUUUUGCCAGGGGGAUGGAUCCAGUCCACUGUAAAUGGGAGCUGGUCAUCAGUGGCAUAGCCAAGGUCUAAUAUUGGGGGGCAGGGCAAGCAAUGAGUGGCGAAGCCACAAAACACCUAGGGAACAGGGGCAUACAUAUUCGUUUUGACUGGGAGGGCUGCCCUGAAAAUGAGACCAAUGAAAAUGAGACCUGAAAAUCAGACCUGAAAGUGAGACUGAUUAUAUUAUCAAUUCUGCAACAGCGAAAUAUUGCAUCAACGUCUGCUAAGACACUUAAUGUAAACAUGCACAUCUUGCAAUUAAUUAAGUAAUCUUAUGAAAAGACGUAUUAUGAGAUCUUAUCUCAUAAUAAUAAUGUCGAAAAAUGUUGAAAUUUUUGGAACUAUGCUGUCAUUUGGUUUAAAAAUGUGAGGGGUUUGCUGCAUGCAUGUGCUUCUAGUCAGUUCCUCUAGUCUAAAAUGUAUGAUAUGAGAUCAGAUGGAGAUCAUCUGGAUUAAUUUUUGGCCCCCUCUCCCCCCAAAAAAAAAUUUACGCCCCAACUGAGACGGCUGGCAGGGGCUAUCAUUGAGAAAAAUUUUGAAAAAUAUAAUUUCCUGGAUGGUGAAAGAGCCCCCCCCCCCGCCUCCAAUGGUCCAAUAUUGCAUUUUUGUUUGAAAAAUACCCUGCCAAAUCCAUGCACACCCCCUCUGACCAAGGCUAGGGAGUCUGCAUCCUCCCAGUAAAUCCAUCCCUGCUCUUUGCUGUAUUGUGUUGGCACAAUAAUACUUUUAAUUUAUUUCUCUUUUAGAAGCAAAGAAGACAGCUAUUCAAGAUUAUCGAGAUGCCACAAUUGUCAGUGAAAGCGCAGUUUUUAGAGUCUAUGUCAAUCGCAUGUCAAGUGACUUUGCCAAUGAUGUUUUGGGAAUUUACAAGAAUCAAAGUAGUAAGUUUUGUUCGUGGUUCGGUGUGAAAAUGAAACUUCAGUUGGCAGUGGUCCUGUGCGAGAAUUUUUCAGCUUGGUUAUGAAGAUGCUUGUUGAUGGCUUUCCACUGGAUGGUGAGGAUAAGCCCCCAACUCUCGUUUUUGAAGACGAAAAUGAUCACAAAAUUCCUGUUGCAAAUUCACGUCUCUGAAGUACAGGCUUCUACAAAUACAGGCUUCUACAAGUCCAGUGGAAGGAUGAUUGCACAUUCUUUCCCCCAUGCAGGACCAGCAGUAUUUGGCAUUUCUAAAGUAGUCAUUCAUUAUUUGGUAUCUGACACCGAUGAGAUUCCUUUAAUAGAAGUUGCUGACAUACCUGAUAUUGACUUAAGAAUUGCCUUGAAUGAGGUGUGUAAAGAGUUUUCAUUAGGUCUGGACAAGUAAUUGCCAUUCAAUAUGUUUACUAGUACAUGUACAGGUGUAUGUACCACAGAAUACCACACAAAUUUACAAGUUCCAUAUCUUUUGUCAAAUGCAUAUAACAUAGCCUGUUAAAUUUUUUUUUAGUAUAGUUUUUCAUUAUUUUUUCUUCCUGUGGGGGUCUUGGGGUUAGAUUUGGCAGAUUCUAUUUUUUAAAUCAGACAUUCUGUGUACCACAGAAUACCUAAUGUACCACAGAAUACCAAUGCGGCAAUACGUAAGGAACAGUUUAUCAAAUUGUACGAGGAUUUGGUGUGUCAUGUUGUGUGAUAACACUGUAUAGAUAUUGCUAACUUAAUUUAGUGGAAGGUAAAUACUAAAAUCACUACAGAAUACUGGUGGUAUGUACCACAGUAUAUUAGGUUUACCAAUAAUUUUGAAAAAUUGAGUUUUUUAUAGUAAAUUUGAUUACUCAGAUUCCUGAAUAGUAAAAAUGUUGUAUCACUUAGAAAAACUGUUGAUGAAUGCAAAUCAUGUUGGUUUGCAAACUUAUUUUCAAACUUUCUGAUUUUAUGGGCGUUAAUUAAAUUAAGCAGAAUAAAAGUACCAAAAAUAAGUUAUUUUAUUUGUUGUUUAUCCUGAUUAUUUCUAUUUCGUUUUUAUAUGACCAUGGAGACUAAAACUAAUAUAUAGUCACAAAAAUAAAGUAUAUAGCAUGUUUCCUUCACAUUUUAUAAGAGUAAUAAAAAAACUGGUAUUUGUGGUACUAUGAUAUUCUGUGGUACAUCCACCUUCACUUCAAUUCUUCUAUUUUAUAUUAUGUUUUAUAGUUGAACAGUCUUUGUAAAGAUGAAGCUCCAGGAAUUGCAUUGAAGGAUUUUCUAACUCAGUAUAGAGAUGAAGCUUCAAUAUUGGAUACAUCGCUCUCUGAUACUAAUCGACACGUCAUUGGCGAACAGAUCAUGUUACCAGACGUUUCAACUUGA